UUUCCUUCUCUUUUCUUAGAAAUAAAACAGAAGCACAAAGAGAGAGGAAGAGGAAGAGAAGGAAGCAAUGGCAGCGAUGGAGGAAGAUAGCGGAGAGUUCUAUCUUCGUUACUACGUUGGUCACAGAGGUAAAUUCGGUCACGAAUUCUUGGAAUUCGAGUUCCGGCCUGAUGGAAAACUCCGAUACGCAAACAACUCUAAUUACAAAAACGACACCAUGAUUCGUAAAGAAGUCUUCCUUACCCCCGCCGUUCUCAAAGAGUGCCGCCGCAUCAUCUCCGAGAGCGAAAUUAUGAAGGAAGAUGACAACAACUGGCCAGAGCCGGACCGAGUUGGGAGGCAAGAGCUGGAGAUUGUGAUGGGGAAUGAGCAUAUUUCAUUUACUACGUCUAAGAUUGGAUCACUUGUUGAUGUUCACAGUAGCCAGGAUCCUGAAGGGCUUCGCAUCUUCUAUUAUCUUGUUCAGGACUUGAAGUGCUUUGUUUUCUCUCUCAUCUCCCUUCACUUCAAAAUCAAGCCCAUAUAACUACCAUGGUCUCUACCAUUCAAUGUGUGCUUCAAGGGGCUGUUUUUGUGCACAUCUGAAUUGUCUGCUUUGCAGUAGGGUUUGUCAUUUCAAUGGUUACAGUUCCCUUUUCUUUUCUUUGUAGUUUUAUCCGAGGCUGUCUAAGGUUUUAUGAAUACCUGGAUUGAGGAAUUAUUUUGUUGGCUGGAAUGCUAGAAUGUUAUGAAACCUUUGUGUCCGAUCUCUGGCUGUGUCUGAAAUAUUUGGAUAUGUUAACGACUGAGAUUUUAAUUUCUGGAUACUUUCAAUUGUUCAGAAUGUAGAGUAUUGGCUCUUUAUGUGAA